GAGAGAGAGAGAGAGAGACCUCGGCUGAGAGGAGGAGAGAGAGAGGGGAGGAGAGCUCCGUCUCUCCCGGUGCACUUGGCAGUCUAGUUGCGGGCUGCUGUGCUGUUGCUGUCGUGGCGUGGCUGGUCGCGCCAGGCGGGGAACUUCACCACACUGGAGCCCGGAGUCCCACUCUCUCACCUGCGCAGUUCGGAGCUGCCAUGGGUCUCUCGCCUGGAUUUACUGUCCUAAUUAUUCUACCGGCCUUUCUGCUGCACACCAGCGGCCUUUACAUCGCCAGUAGCGUUGACUCCCUGCAGCAUGUCCUGGGGGAGUAUGGACUGGUGAGGCCGAUCAGUGUGGACGCAGAGGGCCGCUUCCUGUCACACGCCGUCUCGGCUGGCCGCAUGGCAGGAGGGCAGCCCCGUAGGCGCCGGAGGAGGGAGGUAGGAGAAGGCAAUGAUGAGUGGGAAGAACCAAAAGUAGAGCCCGUGGCCAAUCAGGAAAGGCUUUACUACAACGUCACCAUCUUCGGCCGGGAGUUUCACCUGCGCCUGCACCACAAUGCCAGGCUGGUGGCCCCCGGAGCCAAGGUGGAGUGGCGUGAUGACAGCGACAGCACCCGGCACUCUGAGCCACUGCAUGAUGAAUGCUUGUACGUGGGUGAUGUCACAGACACACCAGGAGCCACCGUGGCCAUCAGCAACUGUGACGGCCUGGCUGGUAUGAUCAGGAUGGAGCAAGAGGAGUUUUUUAUCGAGCCGGUGGAGAGGGGCGAUGGAGUGAUAGAAGAGGAGGAGGUGGAGGGAGGAGGAGGAAGGACACACAUCGUCUAUCGCUCCUCAGCCGUAAAGAAAGCUCCCAUCGGCAGCGCGGCGGCAGACUUCCACUCCAGAGGUGCUGAUCUCGGUGGUCUGAUGGACCUGGAGUCUCUGUACCGUGGUGUGGAGCAGAGCAUCAACCACACCCGAGCAGGGCGAAUGCGCAGACAGAGCCUGGACAGGGCCUACAACAUCGAGGUGCUGCUGGGCGUCGACGACUCUGUGGUCCAGUUUCACGGCAAGGAGCACGUCCAAAAGUACCUGCUCACGCUCAUGAACAUUGUGAAUGAGAUCUACCAUGACCAGUCUUUGGGAGCAAAGAUCAAUGUGGUGCUGGUGCGGAUCAUCAUGCUUGGCUAUGGCAAGUCCAUGAGUCUGAUUGAACUCGGGAACCCAUCUCAGAGUCUGGAGAAUGUGUGUCGCUGGGCCUUCCUGCAGCAGAAGCAGGACACAGGGGAUGCUGAGUAUCACGACCACGCCAUCUUCCUCACACGACAGGAAUUUGGUCCCACGGGCAUGCAGGGUUACGCCCCAGUGACGGGCAUGUGCCAUCCUGUAAGGAGCUGCACUUUGAACCACGAGGACGGUUUCUCUUCUGCAUUUGUGGUGGCCCACGAGACCGGACAUGUGCUGGGGAUGGAGCACGAUGGUCAGGGGAACCGUUGUGGAGAUGAGGUGCACAUGGGCAGCAUCAUGGCGCCACUGGUGCAAGCUGCCUUCCACCGCUUUCACUGGUCCAGAUGUAGCAUGCAAGAGCUGGGACGCUAUCUUCAUUCCUAUGACUGUCUCCGUGAUGACCCAUUUGACCACAACUGGCCCUCGCUGCCUCAGCUUCCUGGUUUGCAUUACUCCAUGAAUGAACAGUGUCGCUUUGACUUCGGUGUGGGCUACACGAUGUGCACCGCGCUACAAAAGGCGGGCCAGUCAGGAAUGCAGUAUCGCACAUUUGACCCAUGUAAGCAGCUGUGGUGUAGCCACCCAGACAAUCCCUUCUUCUGCAAGACCAAGAAAGGACCACCCAUCGAUGGCACCAUGUGUGGGAAUGGGAAGCAUUGCUUUAAAGGUCACUGCAUCUGGCUGACCCCAGAUAUCAUAAAGCAAGAUGGAAACUGGGGUACAUGGAGUGAGUUUGGCCAGUGCUCCCGCACCUGUGGUGGAGGAGUACAGUUUCGCACACGCGACUGUGACAAUCCUAGACCAGCCAACGGAGGCCGUACCUGCGUGGGGGCGACUUAUCAGUUCCAGAUGUGCAAUACCAACAAGUGCGAGGAUAUCUAUAGUGACACGCGAGAGGAGCAAUGCCACGCUUGGGACCCUCGCUAUGAUGUCCACAGCAACAAGCACCACUGGCUGCCUUAUGAACACCCAGACCCUAACAAACGCUGCCACCUGCAUUGCCAGUCCAAGGAGACACGAGAUGUUGUCUUCAUGCAGAGAAUGGUCCUGGAUGGCACACGUUGCUCAUACAAGGACCCUCACAGUGUGUGCGUGCGUGGAGAGUGUGAGAAAGUGGGCUGUGACGGUGUGGUCGGCUCCUCAAAGCAGGAGGACAGGUGUGGAGUUUGCGGUGGAGACAACUCCAGCUGCAAAACCUUCAAAGACACCAUCACACGUACAGCCAAGAAACAAGGUUUCCUCAAAGUUCUUGAAAUCCCCAGCGGAGCGAGACACUUACUGAUCCAGGAGCUGAAAGCAACCAUGCACACUUUGGCUGUAAAGAACGUGGCAUCAGGACUGUUCUUCUUGAACGGGGAAAGUGAAUACCCAAAAUCCCACUCGGUCAUAGAGAAGGGUGUGGAGUGGGAAUAUGAGAAUGACAACAACAAGGAGACACUUCAGACCACUGGUCCCCUCAGACAUGGAAUUCUGAUCAUGAUGAGAUUACAUGGCGAUGAGGAUGUGAAUUUGUCAUAUAAAUAUAUGAUGAACAUGGACAGUGACAUUGCCAUCCAGAACAACAUGCUGGUAGAGGACAGUGCCUAUGAGUGGGCUCCAAAGAGAUGGUCCUACUGCUCCAAGCCCUGCGGUGGAGGGAAAGAGUACCUGCGAUAUGGCUGCAGAAGAAAAGUGGACAGUAAGAUGGUCCACAAGAGCUUCUGCAACAAAUCCAACAUUAAACCUAGAGGAGACACCAGAGACUGCAACCAGAAGCCCUGCCCUCCACCUAUUUGGGUGACAGGGGAGUGGCAGAACUGCAGCAAACCAUGCGGAAAAACGGGAAUGCAAAUCCGCUCGGUCAGCUGUGUCCAACCGUCAGACGACAACACCACACGCCUCAUCCACAACAAACACUGCAACGAUGACCGGCCCGAGACUCGCAGACCUUGCAACCGACACCCUUGCCCAACCCAGUGGAAAGUUGGACCGUGGUCACAGUGCUCAGUGACAUGUGGUAAUGGGACCCAGCAAAGACAGGCUCUGUGCCACACCAGAGACAACACCAUCGGCCUGUGUCUGGACAGUAAGCCCGACACCACCAGAGUCUGUCGCCUGGAUCCUUGUCCGAAGGGCUCAUCAGACCUCAACAAGAACGGCAACAUCCUGAUCCAGUGGCUAUCUUGCCCCAACUGCAACUUCCCGAAGAUCUCCUCACGCUAUCGUUGUCAUGGAGACCGCUCAAUGCUCUGUCGUAUGGAUGCACUGAAGCGCCACUGCUCUCUGCCGGACUUCCAGCGCAUGUGCUGCAAGACCUGCAGCAAUGUCACCAUCACAGAGCUUCUAACCAACACCACCACCAGAUCCACCCCCAUCACCUCCAUCCAGCCCAGAACUACAGCUCCACCCAGCAACACUGUCAACUCUGGCUUCACCACCAUCCAACCCACCAAAGCUGUCAUCACCACCAUUUCAUCUUCUACCAUCAGUCCCUGGACCGACACUCAUCCUCCUGCCUUCACCACUGCUGUUCCUUAUUCCACUCCUUCCCCAUUAACUGCUACACAAAUGAUCACCACUCCAGCUGCCACCAGCCCCUCUGUUCUCCCCACUACCUUUUCCAUGGCAACCACCUCCGUUAUUACAACCUCCCCCAGUGUUACUCCUCAUCCCCUGCCUCUGCCUGCCCCAGACAUAGACGAGAGCACAGAUCCACAGUUACAGAGCACUACAAAUAACAGUCCAACAGCAUCUGCUAUGAUAACUAGCACACACCUUCCAGCAAUGAGCAGUCCAACUAUGAUGAAUCCAACAGAAAGUAGUACAAAAACAGACACCCCGCCAAAACCCAAGCCCAAAAAAUAUAUUCCACCAAAGAAAAAGCCCAAAAAGGUGCUUCCACCAAAGAUCAAUCAAAAAAAGAAUACUGCCCAAAGAAAUACAACAAGAAAAAAUGACCCACCAAAGGUCAGUCCCAAAAAGAAUACUCCAGGAAACAGCAACCAACCAAAAAAUGUGCCAGAAAAAACAACUCCCAAAAAGACUACUCCAGGAAACACUACUCCCAAAAAAACUACUCCAGGAAACACUACUCCUAAAAAAACUACUUCAGGAAACACUACUCCCAAAAAAACUACUCCAAAAAAGACUACUCCAGCAAAUACUACUCCCAAAAAAACUACUCCAGGAAACACUACUCCCAAACAAACUACUCCAAAAAAGACUACUCCAGCAAAUACUACUCCCAAAAAGACUCCAGUGAUGAAUACCCCCCAAAAGACCCCUUCGGUGAAGACUAAUGUAGAGAAAAAACCCAAAGUUACACCCAAAAAAGAGGUUCCACCAAAGGCUAAUCCCAAGAAGAAUAUUCAGCAAAAAACAAAAAUAACAAAGCCAACUCAAACAAAGACAAAUGCCCCAAAAAAAACAAAACCAGGGCCCAAAAAUACCGCAAACUCUCAGGCUAAAGUUAAUCAGAACAAGGCCAUGGAGAAGACAAAUGCAAAAAAGAAAACACUUAAAACAACGUCUUCAUAUUAUACCACAGCUCCCACUACACAUACAAGUCCAGAACAACUGAAAGAGUACUUUUCAUCCACGAUCUCAUCAAGCACCAGUGUAUACGCAACAGCUGCAGACAUGGCUUUCCAUGAGUCCAGAGUCAAUGUCACGUACAUCAGUAACAGCACAGUGCCUACUGAUGAAACCCCAUUGUGGCAUCAUGAUGCUUUAGCCACAACACCCAACACUUUUGAAGAUGUCACAACACCGACAGGAACCGUUUAUUUUGAAGAUGUCAAUAUGCCAAGUGGAACCAUUCCCUACAGUGAUGUCACAAUGACCAACAGCGGUGAUGUCACAGUAACCAGCGGGACCAUUCUCAGUGGUGAUGACAUCACAGUGUCCUACGGCAAUGGGGGAGUGAUCAGUGACACCAUGGUGCUAGAUGACAUGGUGAUCCCGACCAUCAGCAGUGAGGAUAUGACAGACUUUUCAUCCUCACCUUGGCUUGACAUGUCUGAGUACAUCCCCGUCAGCAUCCCUGUUCCCACAACAACAGACCCAUCAGACCCUACCACAGCCUCACCUUUCACCACUAUCACUCCAACAACAGGAAAACCAGUCAUCGCAGCUGUCACAACCUCUACUGUAAAACCCGAGCAAAGACAAGAGGAGAACUCCGUCGAUCUCAUAUAUAACAGGAUCAUUGGCGUGGACAACGACAUCACCCAGAACAAUUUGAUUCCAAAGCGCCGGGUCAACCUCCGAGAGAGAACCAGGAACAAGCGCAUUCAGGAGCUUCUGGAGGAGAAGCGAAACUUUCUCCUCAGGAUGAAGAGAGGCCAUGCAGUAUGAUGGACCAAGCCUUCUCAUUUCUCUUAUAGAGAUGAACAUUUACAGACUUUUGUAAGCCCUGUUUAAACCCCUCUGAAAUGCCAUGAUGCUUUCUAUCAGACCUUUACACAGCAAAAAAAAAAACAAAAAAAAACUCUGUCAUAUCACUAUCAUGACAAUCAGGACUGUUACAAAAAAAAAAGAGAAUAUCAUGGCCAAAUGUUUGAACAGUUGCUUUGAAUAAAGAAAAAGCCAUUUGGAGUGGACAGACUGGUGCUGAUUUGAAGCAAAUCGCCCUGCCUGUGUAAACACAAUAAUGAGAAACAGAAGUGCUGAAAAGUGUGCAGCCAGUUUGACCAGCACUUUACAAAGCCAAGCCUUUAUCCCCCCACAGUCUUGUUUGAGGAUUCAGUGAUGAUGUAGAUAAGGUAUAAUGCAGUUUGCAAAAUGGUCUUAUCCCUACAGGCACUUAUGGAGCAACUAAAUCUACCACCCAGAAUCCAAAUCUCCAUCUCCAUAUUAUAUUACAGCCCAUGACUGCAGCUCAUUUCCCCACAAACAGAUAUUAAUACUUCUCAGCUCCUAAUAACAGCUAGAACAAGAUGAGCAUGUCCCCUUGUUAAGUGGCCAGCACUCUGAAUACCCUAUACACACUGCAAAUUGUAGCUUGGGGAGGCAUGAAAGCAAUAUGCUAUAAUGCUAUACAAAGUUGGUUUAAUUGAAUUGUAAAAGUUUACACUGCUUGGAUUGUGUUGCCUUUCCGUAAGCAAACGUCUGUCUGACUGCAUGAGGUCUCUCAUCUCUCAGGAAGUUAAGGUACAGUAUGUAAGACUGAUGAGGGACAUUGCUAAACACUUGGUGCUUCCUGAAUUGUGACAAUAUAUUUUUGAUAUCUCAUUAAGCUAGGUGGAAAAACAAACAAGACAUUUCGUUACAUUUUUUUGUUUUUCUUUUUUAACGGUCAGUCAAGUAUGGUGCUUUUUUUUUGUCAGUGUUGCUAUAAGCAAUGUCCCUCAUGCAUUCAUUUAUGUACAAAGAAAAGUACAGAAAAAUAAUAAUAAAAUAAACAAGGCUGUUUGUAUUAAUUGUAACAAGAAAAAGAACAUUUUUGUGGGCCAGUUUAUUUUAUUUUCUAAAAGUUGUAUAAUUGGUACAGCAGCUGCAAAAGUACCUAUGGAUCUUUCUGUACAAUAACUGUACAUAUGAAAAAGAACUUAAUGUUUAAUAUUUAUUAAAGUUUAAGUGCCUGUGGUAU